UGCCAUUGCCUGCUUUCCUUCUCUUUGACCUCGACCGUCCUGAUUGGACUUCGCUUUUAAAUAUUGUCCCUCUACGGGUCCAGUAGAAUCACUUCCGGUACAGAGAGAGGGAGCUGAACUGUGUUAGCGAUUUCUGUGAAGGUCGUGAGUCCAACUUGAUAUCAACCAUGUCUCUGCCAAAGCCAUUGAUGAGGGGGAUGCUGGCAAAGCGUCUGAGGUUUCAUCUGCCCCUUGCUUUCGGUCUGGCUAUCACAUCCGCAUUGGCCUUCAAGUACGCGGUGACCGAGCCGAGGAAACAGGCCUACGCUGACUUCUACAAGCAGUACGAUUCUGUCAAAGACUUCAAUGCCAUGAGGGAAGCCGGCAUCUUUGAGAGCGUGCGGCCCUCUGGGGAGUAAAACCACCCUCUGGUUCCCUGUCAUUCAUUCCUGAUCUGAAGAUGGUUCCCUCUCAUCCCCUCUGAUGUUAUUUACCGAUCAGACGUGAACAUCUCUCUGAUGCUUUGUUGCUAUACAUGAAAUAAACUAUUAUAUGAAUGUGA